AUGCCAGUAAAUUGUUGCAGAGAUCUAAAAAAAGGACCAAUUUCUCGCGUGUAUGGUAUGGCAUGCAGCGUUACUUCCUCUGCAUCCUGUAACGAAGGGGAGUCUCGCUCUUUCUCCCCCACCGCCAUUCAUGAAAACAAAGAAAGGAACUGGGAUCCUAACAAGAAAAAGAAAAUAUCUCGCGUUAGUAGAACAGGUUCUCAAGACGCGUCUACUCCCCUCCCCCCACUACCACCAACUUUCCAUUGUUGCACAAUCGAAACAAGCACGCUGCUGGGAGUGGGGGGGGAGUUGAGCGAGUCUGAUAUUCGAAGUUGGUCAAUAAGAAAUCUUGUUCAGGGUUCAGAAUUUUACGUAGAACAUUUUGAAAUUCACGCUAAAAUAACAAGAUUAUUUUUUUCUCCUCCAAAAAGUAUACUAGGUGCUUUUGGGUGCGACGUCUUUACAGAUGAACAUUUCCUUUAUGGUUUUCUCUGCUGGAAAGACGCUCCACAGGUUGUAACAAACAAUACUAAAUUUCGAGUUUUGCCCUUUGUGCUGAAGUGGCCAAAUGAAAAUGCAAGUAAUAGCAAUAUCCUUGAGAGAGGGGUUACUAUUAGAAAAGUAUGA